UCUAGAAGAGGGGGAGGAAGGGCCAAACCCUAAUCCAUGUUUGGAAAACAAGGUUGAAGUUACUCAUUAGCAGGUAAAGAGUCAAGGGUCAAGGCAAGGGGGCUGGAAGCAGAGUGGACUGAGCAGCCAGUGGGGGAGAGAAUAGUUAAGGCAUCAGCCACCCCACAAAGAACAUACCAGCUCCCUGUUGUCUGAAGAUGUUCCACCAAAUUUGGGCAGCUCUGCUUUACCUCUAUGGCAUUCUCCUUAAUUCCAUCUACCAGUGCCCUGAGCCCAGUCAACUGACAACUCAGGAAGUGGAUGGGAAAGAGUUCCCAGAGCCCCACCUGGGCCAGUGGCAUUUCAUCGCAGGGGCAGCUCCCACCAAGGAGGAGUUGGCAACUUUUGACCCUGUGGACAACAUCGUCUUCAACAUGGCUGCGGGCUCUGCCCCCACGCAGCUCCAGCUUCGCGCUACCAUUCGCACGAAGACUGGGUCCUGUGUGCCCCGGGAAUGGAUCUACCACCUGGCUGAAGGGAGCACAGACCUCAGCACUGAAGGCCGCCCCGACAUGAAGACCCAGCUCUUUUCCAGCUCAUGUCCAGGUGGAAUCAUGCUGAAGGAGACAGGCCAGGGCUACCAGCGCUUCCUGCUCUACAAUCGCUCACCAAACCCUCCUGAGAAGUGUGUGGAGGAAUUCCAGUCCCUGGCCUCCUGCCUGGACUCCAAGGCCUUCUUACUGACUCCCAGGAAGCAAGAGGCCUGCACGCAGUCCGGUGACUGACCUGUGGCUUCCUCUGUGCCCCAGCUGUAUGUGGUGGGACUAAGACUGUGGUGGAGAGGAGCCAGAGAUGCCCUUCCAAGAGUAAUAAAGACCGUUUUUCAGUUCUUAUCACGUUGGGGUUUGUCUCCAGACAUCAAUCCCUCUCCCAUUUCAAAACUCCCCUGAACUUCCUACCUCCUAAAUCUCUAGCUGGGCGGCAUCAGGAAGGACCCCGAGUGGCAGUUAACUCACGUGAGUGGUAUGCUUAGGACUCGGUGCGACAGUGAUUUAUUGCUGAGUGAGCAACCCUUAAUCCCUGCUUGGGGCUGCAAACUCCAGCGUUUCCCCACACGGCCUGUGUGGGCCGCCUAUCCCUGACCCAGUACCACCCAAACCAUCCCCACUCCGACUCCCAGAAACACCCACUUCGCAGGCUCCCUCUUGCCUGUGUGCCCCAUCCUGCCCCCAAAUCCACCCAGCUAGCAGCCCCAUUCUACCCUAGAUGUCCCAAGAUCCAAGGACCCCUCGCCCAACCACCCUCUUAGCCCAGCCAGAGUUCUGCCUGUCCCUGGGGAGCCUUGAAAGGUAGAGAGGGCCAUUUAGUCUUUAUUCUCCACCACCACAUUAAA